GACUUCUAUUUCCGGGCUUAUGAAAAUGACGAGUUUUAAACAUUUUUUAUUUAUUUACGUCCAAUUUUUAUGUUUUUACAGUGUAUUUUUGUUAUCAGACGUUACAAAUAAAGUAUUUAGCAAGGUUCCAACCGGAAUAAUUGCGGCCUUUGGCGAUUUUGAUGCUGAUAAAUACACCGAUGUUUUUGUCAUAUCUGACGACGGGAAGUCACUUUCUGUGUACUUGGCUGAUAUUGAGAAAGACUUCAAGGAAACAAAACUUCUAGUAUUAGACAGCAAUGAUCUUCAUAUCUCAAGUGUUGUACCGGCUGAUUUUGACGGUGAUUUACAAAUGGAUGUCAUGAUAACUCUUCAUAAAAAGGGAGGUACCAGUUAUACAGUAUCACCAAGAAUAUACUGGGGUCAAGGUUCUAGUCUGAAUACAACAACAGGAGGUUUCCUAAAGUUGCCAGAUAUGACUGAUCAACCACUUCUGAUGGAUAAAAAUGCAGACAUGAUUCCAGAUCUGUUUGGUGAAAAGGCUCCAGGUGAAAGAUACUUUUGGAUAUUCAGAACUGAUAGGAACUUCACCGAGGAGAAACAGGGACUACCACAGGGGCAGACAACUCUUGCACCAUUAAGGACACCUCAGUCUGGAGCUUUUGUGGACCUUGAUAAUGACCUGACAGCUGAUUUAUGUGUGGUCUCGAAAACUGAUAACACACAGCUAGAAUAUUGGACCAAUCAGAAUGGCAAUCUUACAUGGAAGGAGACUAUAACUGUUAAAUAUGAAAAGGAAUUGAAAGUUAUUGGACAGUUUGUGUUUGCAGACUUUGAUGGGGAUUUGUAUGCAGAUGUUCUUGUGCCUGCCUGUUUGGAUGAAGCCUGUACACAGAGCUUAAUACUGGUUUACUGGCAAACAAAUCAGAAGUGGGUGAAACUACCAGUUGGCUUAAGUUAUGGUCAGCGUACUUGGAACUUCAUACCUCAGGACCAGUCAGGGGCUCCAGAGUUUCUAAAAGUACCAAUAACCUUGAGAGUCGGGGACUUCAACCUGGAUGGCUUCCCAGAUCUGUUAGCUGUUGUCGGAAAUGCUACAGGGAAUCUACACAGAGCAGUGAUCAUGUAUAACAAUCUAUGUGGCGGUGACUGUGGGGGAUUUGCCAGGACUUUCAGUAUUGACUGGGAUACUUGGUUAGAGUCACAUGACCACAGAGCCCUUCUUCCAGCAUUCUAUGACUUACGUGAUAAUGGUAUUCUGGACGUGAUUGUAACAAGUAUCGACAGUACAGGUGCAUCAAAAACUGAAGUGAGAGAACAUGACUUUGUUGAUGAUGCUUGCUUUAUGAAGGUUACAGUUGUCAGUGGACUGUGUGAUUAUAACUGUCCAGGAGACAGAAAGCCUUAUGGAGUAAAUCAGCCAGGACCAGUGGUUAGAUAUAAAACAACAGAUCUAAGUGGAGAUCCACAACAUAAAAUUGCAUUCCAGUUAUCUCAGUCAGCCUAUAUGCCGUUACAGUUACCAUACUCAGUUUUUGGCUUAGGACAGACUCCAAACUUUGUAGAUACUUUACAGGUUGGGAUACCAACAAAUACUUCUGAAAAGCUUACCAGAGACUGGACAUCUGUUAUACCUAACUCACAGCUUCUGAUAAUACCAUAUCCUAUCAAUGAUCCAUCUAGGGUCAGCCAAGGCGUAGUCAUCAAAACUACUUAG